AUGGGUAGUAGUCUUGGUGAAUCUGAAUCUGCAAAAUGUGAAAAUGGGGACGCAAGGGUGGCGGUGAAAAUGGCCAAGGAGAUUGGCGUCUUGCAAGCCGUUUGCAUAAUAUUCGGUAUUAUAGUGGGGUCAGGUAUCUUCGUUUCACCAGUCGGCGUUCUUAAGUAUUCGAAUUCUGUGGGCCUUUCUCUAGUCAUGUGGCUAGUGCCGGGUCUCUUCAGCAUGCUUGGUGCUCUGGUGUAUGCUGAAUUAGGUGUGCGAAUCCAAAAAUCGGGAGGCGAGUAUGCAUAUGUUCUGGAAGCUUUCGGCGGUCUUCCUGCAUUCAUCGUGAUGUGGAUCACCUUUGUGGUGGUUGGAGGUGUUAGCUGCGCCGGGAACUCCAUCAUCUUCGCGCAGUAUAUGUUGCAGAUGGUCUAUCCAGACUGUCCUAGUCCCCAGCCUGUUGUAAGCAUGGUCGCCCUUUGCGGUCUGAUCUUAAUUUGCGCCAUAAACUGUUACAAGGUGAAGUGGGCCACGCGAGUUGCAGUGAUUUUUUCAUUUAGCAAAACUAUUGCCCUACUUUUGAUCAUUGGCUUCGGAUUGUACUACCUUACAACCGCUCUCUAUGUGGAAUCUCUUUUAUUGCUGAACGAGUCUCCUUCAUCAUCGUCUCUUGACGUUAUGCUAGGUCAUGUGGAGAAUUUCCACAACGCCUUUGAGGGGUCGAAUUCUUCUCCCGGUUAUUUGGCAUUGGCCUUCUAUCAGGGCUUCUGGGCAUAUUCAGGGUGGUGA